AUGCUUUGGGAGCAUCUUCAUAAGCACCUGCCUAUUGCCAAGGAUCCGCAGAUGCCGAUAGAGUCGUUCCUCGAUAUGUAUCCCGAGCUCUGUCUAGCUGGGCUUCAGCGGAUGGUGCCUGGCCUGGCCCAGUACGAGGGUCAGCUGGGCCGGGACACCGUUGUGGACGGAGGUUACUAUACCAACACCCCCGACGGGCGUCCACUUAUCGGCCCGCACGGUUGUCGAAACUUCUUCCUCUGCGGUGGCAUGGGCACCUACGGCCUAAUGGGCUCGCCUGCAGCAGGUGAGCUUGCAGCGAUGCACGUCUUGAAGGAGCAGCUCCCGGACUAUGCGUCUGCGUGCGUUUGGCCUCGAAGCAGCCGAAAAACUGAGCCCUUGGUGGACCUGCUAGAUGACUCGAGCUGA